AUGGAACAACAUGAUGAUACUAGAUCUCCUACCCUGGACACCCCCCCAAGGUUUGAACCCUUCAACUUGAGUGCAUUGGACCAUAUUGUCCCUCCACUCCACCUGUUCGCAUACCUUACCUUCAAGCUCGACUCUCCCUCGGAUGCCAUCGCCGUUCUCCAAAAUGGCAUCUCGCGCCUAUUACACGCCCUUCCCUUCCUAAGCGGGAACAUAGUGACCAUAGAAGAGCUUAACGGCAAGAAGAACUCGAUGCAAAUCACACCGGCAGAUGCAUCAACAAUGCACCAGUCACCCAUGCUUAAGGUCGCGCUUCAUGCCGCUGAAACCUCCGCCGUGGAGCGCGAUGAUGUGCAACAUGCUGAUUUCGUCCCAAUUCCUAUCCACCAACCCACCACCGAUCCAAGCCCUGUAUUACGAUUCCAAGCCAAUAUGAUGACAGAUGGUCUAGUGCUAUGCGUGACUUUCGACCAUCGGAUGACAGAUGGACUGGGGGUGCUCGCUAUUCUAGACUCUCUGGCUGCGUGCUGUCGAGGCGACUCGGCACUCACAGAUAUGGCUGCGCAGCUUCAAAAAAAGCAGCAGCUUGCAUCGAUAAGGAGCUUGACUCCAUACAAUAUCCAGGAUAAAUUUCAAGCUGAACCAAAGAUUCCAUUUAGCCCAGUUAGUCGGAGAUUCGCCCUGUCUCCAGAAAAGAUCAGCAUGCUCAAGAAAAAGUGCAACUCUAUGAUCUCCACGAGUUCUGGUCAAACAUCUAAUCCGAACUUGACAAAUGUGGAUAUUCUCACCGCGCUUAUUUGGAUCUCCAUCACCAGAGCGAAGCAAGCAUCAUCGUCAAGUACACCCAAAGGCACCAUUUCCACAUUAUCUAGUGCUGUCGAGCUUCGCUCUAUCCUUCACCCCAAGCUAGGCACCUAUAUAGGAAACGCCCUGAUGGCCGCUAAAUCCGUACUGUCUACUCACUCCACUUCAUGCAAAAGCCCAGACCCGAUCGCCGACAUCCCACUCAUCCACGAAGUCGCCUUACAAAUCAGAAACGAGAUCCGAAGCAUCACCGCUGAGCAAGCCACCUGCUACGUCUCCCACAUCAACACUCUGGACGAUUGGAGCUCGUUCCAGGCUCAAUGGCCCGACCUAGUCGUGAGCAGUAUCCGCCAUUUCGAUCUAUAUGGAUUGAAUUUUGGCUCUAUGUUGGGCCCAGUGGCGAAUUUGGAUAUGCCUGAUCCGAGAAUCAGUGGGGUGUGUUGGGUUAUGCCUGCUAGGCCGGGCUCUGGUGGAGCUAGGAAUACGCCAUUGUGGGAGUUGAGAGUUGUGUUGGAGGAGCCUGUUAUGGAGUGCUUGAAGAGAGAGCCGCUGUUUUGUUGGGCAUCUGAUAUUGGUCGGACAAUUGGUGCGUCGAAGCUCUAA